AUGGCGAGAGGAGAUCGAGACCGACUCAGUCAUUUACCCGACAAAGUUCUACUUCACAUCCUCUCUAUGUUGCCAGAGGGAAAAGAAGUUGUGAGAAGCAGCGUAUUAUCUAAACGAUGGAGGUUUCUUUGGAAGUCCGUCCCAAUAUCGCUCGAUUUCGACCUCUCCUUUGGUUACAGCGAAAAAGGAAUUCGUGAUUUUGUGGGUUCCGUCAAUAGAGAGCUUCAUUAUUGGAGAUCUUUCGAGAAAAUUCGAAAGUUCAGGGUUAGUCUCUAUAAGUACGAGAAGAGUUAUAUUAAAGAUAUCGAUUUAUGGGUACAUUUUGCAACUAAAGUUGCUAAUGUUGAAGAAUUUACACUUGAAAUUUGCUAUGGUGGUUACUUAUAUGAGUUUCCUCAGUUUGCAUACAAGAACACAUCGCUGAGGAAUUUGGUUUUAAGAGGCUGCAAAUUGAGCCCUCCUGGCCGUGUUAACUGGAGUAGGCUCGUUUCUCUUUCAAUUGGGGACCUUGAAUUGACAGGUGGUAUAAUGGGAGAAGUAUUAUCUGGUUGCCCUAACUUGGAGUGCUUGGAACUGUAUAGUGUUUCGGGCAUUCAUCGUUUGGAAAUCAGCAAUUUGAAGCUGAGAAAACUGAUCAUUGAAGAGAACAUGGAUGGGAAGCUCGAAAUAUUAGCCCCAUAUAUUCAGCAUUUGCAACUUUCGGGGUUCUGCCCGGAUAUAAACUUGCGGCAGAGAAAUGCGGCUUCACUUGUCACUGCAGUCCUUUAUUUAACUGCUCAUUUUGGAAAUGAAGAAGACGAUUUGGAGGAGGAGUGUAGCUAUUUCAAGCAACUUCUUCGCAGUGUUGCCCAUGUCGAGAAUCUUGAAUUGGGUCCCUGGUGCAUCGAGUUUUAUUCAUACUCUUCCCUAUCCAAAAUUCAGCAUCUUGCUAUUAAAUCAUCACUUUAGUAAUUAAUUGUGCCG